AUUGGGACUUUUCACUAAAUCCCCUCUUUCCAGGAAGCCAAAGCUAUUUUAGAAAAGAAUCUUUUGAUUCUCCCAUUGAACAGCCAUGCAAAUAGUGAUCACCACCUGUUCAUUUCUGUGCCUUUUACAAUUGAGCUUUAGUGCCACCAGAAAAUACUACUUGGCUGCAGUGGAACUGUCCUGGGAUUAUGUGCACAGUGACCUGCUUGCUGAGCUGCAUGCGGACACAAGAUUUCCUCCUAGAAUGCCGAGAUCUUUUCCAUUCAACGAGUCAGUCAUCUACAAAAAGACUGUGUUUGUAGAGUUCACGGAUCACCAUUUCAAUGUCGCCAAGCCCAGGACACCCUGGAUGGGUCUGCUGGGUCCCACCAUUCAGGCUGAAGUUCAUGACACAGUGGUCAUUAUACUCAAGAACAUGGCUUCUCAUCCUGUUAGUCUUCAUGCUGUUGGUGUGUCUUACUGGAAAGUUUCAGAGGGUGCCGAAUACAAUGAUCAGACCAGUGAAAGGGAGAAAGAAGAUGAUAAAAUCUUUCCUGGUGGGAGUCAUACCUAUGUCUGGCAGAUCCUGAAAGAGAAUGGUCCAAUGACCUCUGACCCACCAUGUCUCACCUACUCGUAUCUUUCUCAUGUGGACUUAGUGAAAGACCUGAAUUCAGGUCUGAUUGGAGCCCUGUUAGUAUGUAGAGAAGGUACCCUGGCCAAAGAAAGGAGUCAGACCUUGCACGAAUUUGUACUGCUUUUUGCUGUAUUUGAUGAAGGGCAAAGUUGGCACUCAGAAACUCUGCCUGCGAAGUCUGCAACUGCUGAGGCAUGGCCUAAGAUGCACACAGUCAAUGGCUAUGUCAACAGGUCUUUGCCCGGUCUGAUUGGAUGCCACAGGAAACAAGUCUAUUGGCAUGUGAUUGGAAUGGGCACUGCUCCUGAAGUGCAUUCAAUAUUCCUCGAAGGUCAUACAUUUCUUGUGAGGAAUCAUCGCCAGGCCUCCUUGGAGAUCUCACCGAUAACCUUCCUCACUGCUCAGACACUCCUAAUGGAUCUUGGACAGUUUUUACUUUUUUGUCAUAUCUCUUCACACCAACAUGGUGGCAUGGAAGCUUAUGUCAAAGUUCACACUUGUCCAGAGGAACCCCAACUGCAGAUGAAAAGUCACAAGGAAGAGGAAUAUUAUAACAGUAAGGAUUCUGAAAUGCACGUGUUCACGUUUGAUGAUGACAACUCUGCUUCCUUUAUCCAAAUCCGUUCAUUUGCCAAGAAGCAUCCAAAAACUUGGAUACAUUACAUUGCUGCUGAAGAGGUGGACUGGGACUAUGCUCCUUCAGUUCCUACACCUGAUGACAGAAGUUAUCAAAGUCAGUAUUUGAACAACGGUCCUCAACAGAUUGGUAGGAAAUACAGAAAAGUCCGAUUUAUGCCAUAUACAGAUGAAACAUUCAAGACUCAUGAAACUGUGCAAUAUGAAUCAGGAAUCUUGGGACCUUUACUUUAUGGGGAAGUUGGAGACACGCUGUUGAUUAUAUUUAAGAAUCAAGCAACUCGACCAUACAACAUCUACCCUCAUGGAAUCACUGAUGUGAGUCCUUUGCACUCAGGGAAGUUGCCAAAAGGUAUAAAACAUUUGAAGGAUUUGCCAAUUCUGCCAGGAGAAAUAUUCAAAUAUAAAUGGAAAGUGACCACAGAAGAUGGACCAACUAAAUCAGAUCCUCGGUGCCUGACAAGAUAUUAUUCUAGUCUCAUCAAUCCAGACAGAGAUCUAGCCUCAGGACUCAUUGGUCCUCUCCUCAUAUGCUACAAAGAAUCUGUAGAUCAGAGAGGAAAUCAGAUGAUGUCAGACAAGAGAAAUGUCAUCCUGUUUUCUGUAUUUGAUGAGAAUCAGAGUUGGUACUUCACAGAGAAUAUGCAACGCUUUCUCCCUGAGGCGCCUGGAGGGCAACCCCAAGAUCCAGAGUUCCAAGCCUCCAACAUUAUGCACAGCAUCAAUGGCUAUGUCUUUGACAGCCUACAGUUGUCAGUUUGCUUGCACGAGGUAGCAUACUGGUACAUUCUAAGUGUGGGAGCACAAACUGACUUCCUAUCUAUAUUCUUUUCUGGAUAUACGUUCAAACACAAGAUGGUCUAUGAAGAUACGCUUACCCUAUUCCCAUUCUCAGGAGAAACUGUUUUCAUGUCAAUGGAAAACCCAGGUCUGUGGGUUAUAGGGUGCCACAACCCGGACUUUCGAAACAGAGGCAUGACAGCCUUACUAAAGGUUUAUAGUUGUGACAGCAACACUGGUGAUUAUGACGAGGAUGAAGAUACUGAAACACACUUCAUGGAGGAAUACAAUGGCAUUGAACCCAGAAGCUUCUCCCAGAAUUCAAGGCAUCCUGGAACCAGGCAAAAGCAAUUCACUGCCACCACAAACCCACAAAAAGGUGUAGAUAACAUUGACUAUCCAUCAGAACAGAAAACACAGAUGGCUAAAGUGCAAAAUGUCUCCUCCAGUGAUCUGUUGAUGCUCUUGGGACAAAGUUCUACCCCACAUGGAUUAUCCUUAGCAGAAGACCAAGAAUCCAUAUAUGAGGCUGUUCCUGAUGCUCAUUCACCUGGAGUGAUAGCCAAUGAUGAAAAACCAUAUAAAGGGUUCUAUCUCAGGCCAGAACUCCAUCCCAGUGGGGGCCCAGUAUUUACACCUGGAACAGGACUCCAGUUAAGACUACAUGAGAAUUUGGAGACAACCACACCAGUAGAAUUUAAUGAGCUUAAUCUAAAAGCUUCUAGCUCAUCACAUACUGUAAUAACUCCACCAACAAUUACAUCAGAUGACUUCGCAGGAAGUAAAAAGAAAGGUUCCUUAGAACCCCCAAAUAUGCCAGUUGCUUUGGGUAGUCAUUUGGGCACCAGUGUAUCUGAUAAAAAAGCUCCCAUCCUUACUAAGUCUAGUAUACCUUUGAAUUUGAAAAAUAGAAAUGAUUCCAUGUUUUUAGAGGUAGACUUAAUGAAUAAUCAAGAAACUUCACUGGGAAAAAAUACAUCAUCACUAGAGAACGAGAAGUUAUUUAAAGAGAAAAAAUCUCAUGAAUCUGCUUCAGUGAUCAGUGAUAACACUUCCUUCAAGAUUCAUACCUCCUUUUUUAAAAAAACUGAAUCAUCUAACAACUCCAUAACUAAUGGAGAGACCCACAUUGAUGGCCCAGAAUUACUGAUUGAGAAUAGCACAUCAGUCUGGCAAAGUAUUAUACUAAAAAAUGACACUGAGUUUCAAAAAGUGACAUCUUUGAUUUAUGAUGAUAUAUUUAUGGAUAAAAAUACUACAGCUUUACGGCUAAAUCAUAUGUUAAAUAAAAUUACUUCAUCAAAAAAUGCUGAAAUGGUUCACCAAAAAUAUGUAAUGAAUGACACUAAGAAUUUUUUGAAAAACCUUCUCUUAAUGAGCACUAGCCAAAAACUAGGUCUAGACGAUACCAGAUCAUUAAAUGAUUCAACACAUGGAGCAGAAAUUCAGAUCACCCAUUUUUCAAAAAGAAAGGAAGAAGAGGAAACCUACUUAAAAGGCUUGGGAAGUCAAACCAGGCAAAUGGUAGAUCAAUAUGUCAACAGCCUAACAAUGUCUCCUAAUCUAAGUCUACAGAAUUCUAUCGCUGAACAUGGUAAACAGACAUUGAGACAAUUUGGACUUUCACUAGAAGAAACAAAACUUCAAAAUGGAAUAACUGUGGAGGAUACCUCAACCCAACAGUCCGAAAACACGAAAUAUUUCACCCAGAGUACCCUGAGACAGAUGGACUGUCAUGAAGAGGAGAAAAGGUCCCAGCAAGAAGAAAUUGACUAUGAUGAUACCAUCUCAUCUGAAAUGAAGAGGGAAGAUUUUUACAUUUAUGGUGAGGAUGAAAACCUGGGUCCCCGCAGCUUUGAAAAGAGAACGCGACACUAUUUUAUCGCUGCAGUGGAACGGCUUUGGGAUUAUGGAAUGGGUACAUCCCCUCAUGCUGUAAGAAACAGUGUUCAGGGUGGCAGUGCCCUUCAGUUCAAGAAGGUAGUUUUCCAGGAAUUUACUGAUGGUUCCUUCACUCAGUCCUUAUAUCGUGGAGAAUUAAAUGAACACUUAGGAAUCUUGGGACCAUAUAUAAGAGCAGAAGUUGAAGACAAUAUUGUGGUCACUUUCAAAAAUCAGGCCUCUCGUCCCUACUCCUUUUACUCUAGCCUGAUUUCCUAUAAGGAAGAUAAAAGGCAAGGAGCUGAGCCUAGGAAAAACUUUGUUAAGCCUAAUGAAACCAAAACUUACUUUUGGGAAGUGCAACAUCACAUGGCACCCACUAAUGAUGAAUUUGACUGCAAGGCCUGGGCUUAUUUCUCCGAUGUUGAUCUGGAAAAAGAUAUGCACUCGGGUUUGAUUGGACCCCUUCUCAUCUGCCGCGCUAACACACUGAAUCCUGCUCAUGGAAGACAGGUGACAGUGCAGGAAUUUGCUCUGUUUUUCACUAUCUUUGAUGAGUCCAAGAGCUGGUACUUCAUUGAAAACAUGGAAAGGAACUGCAGGACCCCCUGUAACAACCAGAUAGAAGAUCCUACUUUUAAAGAGAAUUUUCGUUUCCAUGCAAUCAAUGGCUAUGUGAUGGAUACACUACCUGGUUUAGUGAUGGCUCAGGAUCAAAGGAUCCGGUGGUAUCUGCUCAGCAUGGGCAGCAAUGAAAACAUCCAUUCUAUUCAUUUUAGUGGACAUGUGUUCACUGUCCGGAAAAAGGAAGAAUAUAAAAUGGCAGUUUACAACCUCUAUCCAGGUGCUUUUGAGACAGUGGAAAUGCUACCAUCCAGAGCUGGAAUCUGGCGAGUCGAAUGCCUGAUUGGGGAGCACCUGCGAGCUGGAAUGAGCACUCUCUUCCUGGUGUACGACAAGAAUUGUCAGAUUCCUCUGGGGAUGGCUUCUGGACAUAUUCAAGAUUUUCAGAUUACGGCUUCAGGACAAUAUGGACAGUGGGCCCCAAAACUGGCCAGACUUCAUCAUUCCGGAUCAGUCAAUGCCUGGAGCACCAAAGAGCCUUUUUCCUGGAUCAAGGUGGAUCUAUUGACUCCAAUGAUUAUUCAUGGUAUCAAGACCCAGGGUGCUCGUCAGAAGUUGUCCAGUCUUUACAUCUCUCAAUUUAUCAUCAUGCAUAGUCUUGACGGGAAGAAGUGGCAGACUUAUCGAGGGAAUUCUACUGGGACAUUAAUGGUCUUCUUUGGCAAUGUGGAUUCAUCUGGGAUAAAACACAAUAUUUUUAAUCCUCCAAUUAUUGCUCAGUAUAUUCGUUUACACCCAACUCAUUAUAGCAUCCGCAGUACUCUUCGCAUGGAGUUAAUAGGCUGUGAUUUAAAUAGUUGCAGCAUGCCAUUGGGAAUGGAAAGUAAAGUAAUAUCAGACGCACAAAUUACUGCCUCAUCCUACUUCACCAGGAUGUUUACAGCCUGGUAUCCUUCAAAAGCCCGACUUAAUCUCCAGGGGAAGAUUAAUGCCUGGAGACCUCAGGUGAAUAAUCCACAAGAGUGGCUACAAGUAGACUUCCGGAAAACUAUGAAAGUCACAGCAAUCGUCACCCAGGGAGUUAAAUCUCUCCUUACCAGCAUGUAUGUGAAAGAGUUCCUCAUCUCCAGCAGUCAAGAUGGCCAUCACUGGAGUUUCUUUUUUCAGCAUGGCAAAUUAAAGGUUUUUAAGGGAAAUCAAGACUCCUUCAUGCCUGUGAUGAACUCUCUAGACCCACCUCUGCUGGCUCGUUACCUUAAAAUUCACCCAAAAAGCUGGGUCCACCACAUUGCUCUGAGACUGGAGAUCAUUGGCUGUGAAGCACAGCAGCUCUGAGGCACUUAGCUCUACUUUGCUUCUCCUCCUCAGAUCCACAUUGUUUCCAAACUCCAGGCCCAGUGUCGUUCUCAGGCUUGCCUUGUAGCUUUUGUACUUGGCUUUUAGGGUAUUUACCUCUCCACACUGCCCAUGGCAUCAUCCUUUCCCUUUGUCUAAGCUGUCCAACCCUAGCAGACAUUGCCUGAAAUCACUUAAAGUAGUUUCCUGGGGGUGUUGCAUGCAGCUGAACUAUUACACAUCUGCUGAGGUUUUUUUCCAAUGUGACUAAGCAAAAAAAAGUGAGGCUCAAGCCACAUUCAAAAAUUAGGUCUCACAGAAACACCACUUCCUCUGUUGCAGAAGUUACGUGUUGGAAGUUGACAGAAUAGGUACAUGAA